CAGCUGUCCGGGAAAAAAUACUGGAAAGGCAAAGAAGACGUCAGCAUUAAGUAGUAAAUUUUGUCACCAAGAGCAGCAGUCGCGACAUCUUCGCACGGCAAAAUUAUCGGAAGAAAAAAUGACCAGCCAUCUUCACGAUCACACCCAGUCACGAAACCGCGUCACGAAUGGCGAUGUAAAUGACAAACGGCUUAACCAAGAUGGUGCUGGACAAGAAAGCACGGAACAAGCUCACCAUCAGCAGCAUGGACCCCAUAAAGAUAGCGACGGACGACCCCGACUAAUAAAGAUUGUCCUCACUGGGGGACCCUGCGGUGGUAAAACCACGUCGCUUGCCCGCUUGUCGGAAUUCUUCCGCACGCACGGCUUUCGUGUGUUUACCGUCCCUGAAGCUGCGACGACCCUGUGGUCGAACGGCGUUGCACUCGCGGAUAUCUUGGGUUCGAAUGAGACCCAGUAUUGGUUCCAGGAUGCAGUGCUUGAUUUUCAGAUCCAUCUCGAAGAUGGAAUGGAGCGAAUUGCCCGCUCUUUAGGAAGGCCAUCGGUAAUACUGUGUGAUCGGGGCACUCUGGAUGGCGCGGCCUACGUCAGCAAGGAACUUUGGGAAGAAUUAGUUAAGAAGAAAGGCCUCGAGCUUUUGAGCAUUCGUGAAGGUAGAUAUGAUGCAAUCUUCCAUUUGGUGACUGCGGCAAUGGGUGCGGAACCUUUCUACUCUUUGCUGAACAAUGUGACCCGCACGGAGUCUCCUGAGUUCGCGCGAGAAGUAGACAUGAAGACGCAGGGUGUGUGGAACGGGCACCCUCGGCAUUACGUCAUUGACAAUUCUACUGACUUUGAGGGGAAACUCGCUCGGGUCCAAGAUGAAGCGGCUCGCCUGGUGGGACUACCACAGCUGCCUCGUGGUGCGGAUAGGUGGUUUUUGCGAAAAAAGCCAAAGCCGGAUUCUUUUACCGUGCCUUUUGAAAAAACCCAGGUCCGUAAGGUGUAUUUGAUGAACGUUGGCCGGCCUCUGCCAGACGGCAGGAAAGUAAGCGUUGAGUACAAUUACGUUGAGGAGAGGUCUCAAGAUGGAUCUGUGGCCUAUGCGCACACCAGCAAGCAACGCUUGGAUGAUGGACACGAGGCAGAAUUGAAACGAAUCAUCGACGCACGCGAGUUUUACUCUCGCAGUACCACAAUGGCUGAUCCAUCCAGGAAGGAGGUCUUUCAAACACGGUAUUCAUUUUUAUGGGCACAACAAGCGUUUGUGGUAAUCCACCAUCAUUCAGACGCCAAGACAAAGUUUGGACCUGAACUUUUCACGUUACGCCGGCAGGCAAAAGGUGGAAUCCCAGAGUUCCCACCUUUUCUGGACGUUGGAGAGCACAUCGAGGAUGAAGAUGGACUCUUUCCUUUUCCCACGCGGCCAUCACCGACAAAGAGUAAUACAACAUCAAUGAAAUAGACACUACAGCCAUGUAAACGUGAAACUUAGCAAGAAUAGCGAAUCUCAUGAUACUAAGCGAAUGGCUAGCGCUCUUGUAAUCGAAUAAUUUAAUUCAAGCUACAAUGUGCGGCAACAAUAUCUUAGAAUUUAGCGCUCAUGGCAUACAUUGGAAUAUACAACUCAACGUUCAUAAAGUGACAAACCAAAAGUGUUAUCUAUGUACUAAGGGUGACCUCAAGCAUUGCUCUCGAUGCAUUUUUUGGGAAGCGCUUUUCGAGCUUCUGCUGAGGAGGAAUACCCAACCUGUA